AUGAAUGAAUUGCUUUUAUUCCCUAUUCCACCUGUGAGAGUUGAGAAAGAGCCAUUUACAGUAGUGGCAGACACACCGUUCAACCCAAAGACACCACCAAGGAUCCCACUGCCAAUGACGCCAAAGAAUACCCGGCCAUCCUCACCCAAGCUAAAAAGCCUAUUAAAGUCAACUCCGAGGCCUCAGAAGAAUCCAAACAAUACAUCCGAUGGAAAUGUCUCUGAGGAAAGCGAUAUCGAUAUCUCAUCUGAUUUAACAUACGUAGCUAGAAAGUAUGGUUAUUCCUCUACUCACUCUCCCUCUCAAGGCUGGAGCGAUGAUGACGACAGACACUGUCUAGGUCCUCCACCUCCACCUUCCAAUAGACUCAAACUUAAAGCCAGUAAAAGGGCUUUAAAGGAUAGUAGAAGGGGUAGUGCUGUCUCUCUAUCCCCAUAUUCCUAUUCUCACUCUUCCUCCUCUCCAAAAUCUACAAUUUCGUCGAGGUCUGCUCUCGGUGACUCAACCAUUAGCGUUGGUUUGGGUGUCGAUGUUUCUGCAAGCAAUCGUACUCCUUCAAGCAAUUCAAGUUGCACCAGUAACAGGAGUAGUAGGAGUAGCAGAUCUAGCACAACCACUAACAUCACCACUCCCAACACCAAAUAUACCCCUCCCACUUCGAACACCACUCCCACUAUAAAGACCUCCAUCCCUCGCAAAAGCAGCAGCAGCAGCAUCCCUCAAGACACUCCCCGACCACAUAAACCAAUUUUUACAUCUCCUAAUCCUACCUACAACAUACCCCCAGUACCCUUUCUGCCGAAAGAGUUGAAAUUGAGAGCUCCGAGGACUACCAAUGUUUCUACUAGAUUACCCACCUCGCUCAAGCCAACGCAAUCUACUGUGCCACGACGCACUACUUAG